AUGGCGGCUCCCGCGAAGAUUGACCGUCAAACAACGACGCCCUUCCUGUUGCGCCUUUUCUUCAAGCAGAACUCGUUCCAUAGACUGGACGAAUUUGACCCAACACUACCACGUCUCCCAACCAACGUCCAAAUCUACACAUGGCAGAGCUGUAGUCUGCGCGAGCUAUGCACACUACUCCUGAGCGCAGUACCAACAUUACUACCACAACCGUACGCUGGAUCGCGCAUCGCAUUUCGACUCGUAUACCCAGACAUACAAGGCUCCAACCGACCAGGCGCGCCAGGGCGAUUCAUAUCACGCGACAUAGGCUCCGUCAUUGUGGGUGCGCGACCAAGAGAUGAGGACAUUGAUAUGGAGGGUGUUGAGGGAGGAAGUGUCACAGAGGCUCUCAAGCAGCUGGACGGCGACGCAGACAAGACACUGGGGGACGUCAGAUUUAUGAUAGGCGACUAUGUGGCAUGCGCCAUCCUCCCGCCGCUACCCGAUGGCAGUGUACCAGCUGCACCUCCGCCGCUCUCUGGACCGGGUAGAGGACCGCCUUCAGGACCAUAUGGCGGACGGCCACGUGAGAACGGUUUCGGUGGACGGGGAGACUAUGGCGGCUUCGGAAGAGGUGGUAGAGGUGGAAGCAGAUUCGACGAUCGGAGAUUAAGUGGAGGCGGCGUGCCUUUUGGUGAAUGGAGGAGAGGCGAAGCGCCACCAGAUCGAGAGCUAGGUUUUGGAAGAGGGGGCAGAGGGGGACGAGGAGGUGGAGAUGACUGGCGCGAUCGAGGCAGAGGGCGGGGACGAUGGUAG